AUGCAGGGCGGGUUGUUGGAUGUUCCGAGGUAUCAGGGGUAUCAGCAUUCACAGCAGCCGACACCGCAUUCGUCGAGCGCGGAGGACGAGAGCGGGAGGGUGGGGCGGGGAGGCACGUUCCCGCGGCCGCCCCCGAUCAUCACCACCCAUUCCACUCCCCCCGCCCCAUCCUUAAGCACCGCCGGGCGGUCCCCUUACUCCGCCACCUCCACCUCCAGCACCGUCGACAGCCACACCCCGAACCCCAACUCCUUCUCCUCCACAACAACAACAAAACCCCCAAAACCACCCCGCCUCUACACCUGCCCCUCCCCGCACUGCCCCAAAACCUUCACCCGCCGCUACAACCUCCAGUCCCACAUGCGCUGCCAUUCCGGCGAACGCCCGUUCGUCUGCAAGUACUGCGCGACCACGUUCAGCCGGAAACACGACCUCCGCCGCCACUGCCGGAGCCUGCACACCGAGGAACGGCCCCACGCGUGUGGGUUCUGCGAGCUGAGAUUCGCACGGAGUGUGAGUAUCCCGUCUAUUUUCGUUCAUGCAUCGCUUGUGCGGUUUGUGUUUGUGUGCGGAUAUGCUGAUUAA